AAGAAGAAGAAGAAGAAGAAGAAGAAGAAGAAGAAGAAGAAGAAGAAGAAGAAGAAGAAGAAGAAGAAGAAGAAGAAGAAGAAGAAGAAGAAGAAGAAGAAGAAGAAGAAGAAGAAGAAGAAGAAGAAGAAGAAGAACCGAAUUCUUCGUCGGUGACUGCGACGCGUCGUUCGUCUCGAAAUGAUCCGUUUGCUGAUGUCCAAUCAGCGAACGAGAAAAGUCAUCCCCGGAAUGAGCCCCGCCCUCCGGUUCGCCACUUAAGCGGCGGGCGGGCGGGCGCGUCGACACACACCUGUCAGUGAGAUUGAAGACGCCGCCGCCGACGCAGGUGUGAACCAUUAGGACGUCGUGUAAAAAUGGAAUUUGGUAGUAUAAAAUCCUCUGCUGCCCUCCUGUAUGACAAGUUCAUCCAGAAUGCAGAUUCGAGGACGGAGAACUGGCUGCUCAUGUCAUCGCCUCUCCCCCAAACAAUCAUCAUUGCAGCAUAUAUUUAUUUUGUCACAUCACUGGGCCCUAAAAUAAUGGAGAAUCGCAAGGCCUUUGACCUCAAAGGAGUUUUAAUCGUCUACAACUUUGGUGUGGUGGCCCUCUCUCUCUACAUGUGCUUUGAGUUUGUGAUGUCAGGCUGGGGUACGGGAUACUCCUUCCAUUGUGACCUGGUGGACUACUCGGACUCGCCACAGGCAGUGAGGAUGGCAGCAACAUGCUGGCUUUACUACUUCUCAAAGUUCAUCGAGAUGUUGGACACGGUUUUCUUUGUACUGAGGAAGAAGACCAGUCAAGUGACAUUUCUGCAUGUCUACCAUCACUCCAUCAUGCCCUUCACCUGGUGGUUUGGAGUUCGCUUUGCUGCAGGUGGCCAGGGAACAUUCCACGCCCUGCUGAACUGUGUGGUCCAUGUCAUCAUGUACUCAUACUACGGCCUGACCGCCAUGGGCCCCAGCUACCAGAAGUUCCUGUGGUGGAAAAAGUAUCUGACCACCAUCCAGCUGAUUCAGUUUGUGAUGGUGACGAGCCACAUCUCCCAGUAUUUCUUCAUGAAGGACUGCCCCUACCAGUUCCCCGUGUUUAUCUACAUCAUCGGCCUCUACGGCCUGAUUUUCCUGUUACUCUUCCUCAACUUCUGGUACCAUGCCUACACCAGAGGCAAGAGGCUUCCCAAGGUGCUGCAGGCUCAGACCUGGGCACACCACACCAACGGAGUUAUGAACGGCAACGCCAACCAGCACGAAAAAGACGAAUGAUCCAGGACCCCCAUCCAGCCUAACGACUUCUCAACAGGGUUCAGGGUCUACCUCAUUUGGUGCGCAUGGGACUAGAUUGUAUUCAAACCCUUUGGAUGGUAUUUAUUUUAUUUCCCUUUUUUUUUUGGAUCACUUCAACGAGUUUCUCCAAAGACGUUUUUGAACUAAUAGCCACAACUGUAUUUAAGGUGUGGAUUUACCAAAGCCAUAUUUGUGUCUUUUUAAAAAAACAAAAAAAAAACAAAACACUGAAGUUGGUUAAAUUUACAAGGUGCGUUACGACAUGUCCCAAAACAAGUUGUUUUUUGUUUGUUUGUUCAUCUUCCAUCUCUGAUAGUUGGGAGCCUUGGACAAAUGUUGGUGUCCUGGUUGCAUCCGCUGGCUUUCCCAUAUGGUUCCCACUAGAGACCAGCAGCCCUUGGAUCAUCUAGUUCAAACUCCUGUUACUUGAAACUUUUAGCGAAUUUGGCUUACUCCAUUAAGAUCUGCUCUGAAAGCUGGGUGUUGGUUUCUAGCCAAGACCCAAACAAAGCUUUUACAUGGGGAAUUUUAAACAUUGUUUAACAUUUGCUAUUCACGUCACCGUUGCAUGUUUACAUGUCUAUAUGAGCACACGAGGGAGCAAAUUUUGGGUUUUUUUUUUUUUGGGUUCAUUCUACUUGCCUUCCUCCCUAUGGCUUAAGUCACAGCUACUGAUGGAAAACAAUGAAAGCAUUUCUUUUCCUUCCCCAUAUUGUGCCUACAGCUCUCGUUUGCUCUAAUUCUCCGUAUGAAGUGAUGGUGUGACAGGAAAGUCGGAGAGGGAGGCUGACGAAACGCUGCCGUUCUUGCAGGAACCAGAGCAGGGAUGUACAUUUAGCCGAAGUUGCCUUACUAAUUUAUUGCUGCGGCAGAACGAGAAAACUGUAAACGGAAUCGCAAAGCAACCAUAUGUUGAGUGAUGAAAGUAGACGGUUAAGCCAAGUCGGGAUGAGGUGCAAAGCCCGCUGCAAGACUGAGGCUUUACUGAGUUGUUUUGCCUCUCGAUGCUGAAUUUAGAUAACUUCUGUGGCCAAUGAACAAUUGCAAUAGCUUUGGAGGCUUAUAUCGCGGCAAUCAAUUGAGUUUCGAUCUGUUGACUGACGUCUGUAAAAUGGCUUCUAACGUGUCGCAUGGCGUCCCUGUGAUAGUUGGAGUUGAGCUUUGUUGCUGCUCCUAUGGUGAUUUGAGGACAUGGCAGCAUUUGACUUGGGGGGGGGGGGGGGUCGGUGGACCACGCACGUUAAGGGAGUUUUUUGUUUGUUUUUUUUAAACGCACACCUCCACCCCAGGUGUAAUGUGAGACAGUGAUGCACCAUAGAUCUCUAUAGCAGACUGAUGCAGCGCUACAUGAACAGUUUUUUUUUUUGGGAGCCUUUCUUUACCCACUAGUUACGACUCUUCCUUUGAGUAAAUGUCAAUUGUGUGAAAUGAAAUUGUGUAUGUGAAGUAUUUUAUGUGUAUUUAUACCAAAAUAAAUGAUUUGU